AUGAAAGUGGCGAUUGUAACAGGUUAGUUGUUCUGUUUUCGAAUUCACUCUUUGAUCGUACUUGAUCUAAUCAAAAUGAAUGAAGAACGGAUGUACUUGAUGAAAAGAAAUUGAGAGAAUAAUUGCAAAGUUUGAUAGGAUAAGAUAGCUGCUAGGUUUUGAAUUCACACCGAAUAGUCUGGAGGUCAGAUUUUUAUGGGAUGUCAUUAAAUAAGAUCAGCACUAUUUAAUCUAGUUUCAAAGUAUCAAUUUCCUUUCUGACGAUAAAAUUCCAAAAUUUUACAGUCAGUGAUUCUUGCGUUGCUGGAACUCGUAUUGAUCAAAGUGGUCCGCAACUUCAAAAUCUCGUGACAUCUUCGACAAAGUGAGUUUUAUUUUGGAGAAAAUGAGUGAAUCACUCAUGUUUUGAUCACGUGAAACUUUAGAAAAAGUUUGUUAUGUUUUUAUUUUAUUUCGCCGAUUGAUAAGAUCAGUCUCAGCCUGAUUGAUUGAUUGAUUUGUUGAUUUUUCAACGCAUAUCUUCUACAGAUUUCAAAUCGAAAAUGCUGUUGAGAUCAGUUUAGUUAUUGAUGAUGUCGAUGAAAUUACAAAGGUUCUUCGAAAAUUGAAAAAUUCGGGAAUGGAUGUGAUCAUAACAACUGGUGGAACUGGAUUUGCGAAAAGAGAUGUGACUCCAGAAGCAACUUUGAAUGUGAUUAAUCGAAGAUGUUCUGGUCUUGAAAUUGCAAUUCAUACACAUUCCCUUAAAUCUACACCAAUGGCAGCACUUUCAAGAUCAAUUUGUGGAAUUGCUGAUGAAACUUUAAUUAUAAAUCUACCGGGAAGUGUGAAAGCUGUCAAAGAAUGUUGGGAAGUCAUUGAACCAGUUUUGAAGCAUGCUGUUGAUUUGUUGAAAGAUUCAGACGAUGGAAAUAUUCACAAAAGUCUAACUAACAAAUAA